GCAUCUGCCAGACAGUGGAGAAGGAAAGUUGUUCACCUGUGUGUGUGUCUGUUCUUUAGGACUCCCACCAUUCUGACAUGGGGUGGGGUGGCCGGUGUUGGGGUGAUUUGGGCCACAGACUGGAAGCUGAUCCUGCAGUACGUUCCCUACGUCGGCGGCAAGUACAAAACUGAAGACUGAGCUUCCCUCUAAUGGAAACGUGUUGCUGGAGAGAGUGUUUGGAGCCAUCCGUCCACCAAGACCCUGCUUUGAGGUGACCCUGCAGUGCCCACUGCAGAUCCUGCUGCAGGCUGUGCUGGGAGCAAAUUUACCUUCACUGACCACGUCCUCUGAUGGCUUUCCCAGCAGAUCUUGCACUCAUGGGAGUAAUUUAUAAACCUGGUGUACACAAUAAACCAAGGGAAUGAUA